AUGGCUGUAUUUAGUGAGCAUGUCUAUACAGGAUGCUAUGUCAUUUUAGCAAUGAGUUAUGGUGACGUAGCUUAUCGGGCAUUUUGCUGUUGGCUGGAGGCGCAGCAACAUCACCUGGCUGCAAGCCUUCAUGGAAUACUCUGGAGCAUAGGUGGAGAAGUGGUGAGAGGAAAUGAAGCAAGUUAUGUUGGCAAACAUUUCCGAAUGGGAUUUAUGACAAUGCCUGCUCCUCAGGACAGACUGCCACAUCCUUGCUCAAGUGGUUUUACCGUGAGAUCCCAAUCUCUUCAUUCAGUUGGAGGUACUGAUGAUGAAAGCAGUAGCUGCUCUCGAAAACAACCACCGCCAAAACCUAAGCGAGACCCCAGCACCAAAUUGAGCACCUCAUCUGAAACUGUUAACUCUGGAACAACAAGUAAGAGUGGGAAAUUACCAGAUAGGACUGAAGUGUCAGCCAAACCAAGGCCUCAUAGUGAUGAAUAUACAAAGAAGAUUCCACCUCCUAAGCCGAAACGAAAUCCAAACACUCAAUUAAGCACAUCUUUUGAUGAAACGUACAUUAAAAAGCAUGGCCCGAUGAAGACAACACUCACUAGGGAUGCCUCCUUAUCGCAGGUCAGCAGUCCUGCCCCAGACACAGAGGAAGAAGAGCCUGUUUAUAUUGAAAUGGUUGGGAACAUACUAAGAGACUUCAAAAAAGAUGAGGAUGACCAAAGUGAAGCAGUCUAUGAGGAGAUGAAAUAUCCUAUAUUUGAUGAUGUAGGCCAAGAUUCAAAGUGUCAAUGUGAAUAUGACCAUCACACUUGUUCUUCUCAGUGUGCUACUCCCACAGUGCCUGACCUAGAUUUCACCAAGUCCUCAGUGCCAUCUACUCCCAAGGGCUUGCUUUGUGAUAUCCCCCCACCAUUUCCAAAUCUGCUUUCUCACAGACCUCCACUGCUGGUGUUCCCACCAGCACCAGUUCAGUGUUCCCCAAAUUCUGAUGAGUCUCCUCUAACUCCUCUAGAGGUCACAAAGCUUCCUGUGUUAGAAAAUGUGUCUUACAUAAAACAACAAGCUGGAGCAUCUCCAUCUUCCCUGCCACCCCAUACACCGGGUCAUCAAAAACUGGAAAAAGACCAGACAGUAUCUCAUGCAAUUACCACUCCUGGGCACUCUUCUUCACCUCCACAUCCUUCUACUCUGUACAGAACACAGUCUCCACAUGGCUACCCUAAAAGUCACUCUGCCUCACCCUCUCCUGUCAGUAUGGGUAGGUCACUUACCCCGUUAAGCCUCAAAAGACCUCCACCUUAUGACUCUGUGCAUUCAGGAAGUCUCUCAAGAAGCUCUCCAUCAGUGCCUCAUUCUACAGCCAGAAACACAUUGCAAGAAGGGGGAAAGAUGGUAAAUGCCUCGGUUAAUACCUACGGGUCAUCCUCACAGAGUGGUUCACGUUCUAGAACACCUACCAGUCCUCUAGAGGAAUUAACUAGUCUCUUUACCUCAGGACGAAGUUUACUGAGGAAGUCCUCCAGUGGCAGAAGAUCUAAAGAACCUGCAGAGAAACCGUUAGAUGAGCUGAAGAUCAGGAGCCACAGCACUGAACCACUACCAAAGUUGGAAAACAAAGAGAGAGGAGGUCAUCAUGGGACAACUUCCUCUAGGGAGCCAAUAAAAGCUCAGGAAUGGGAUGGAACUCCAGGACUGCCAGUUGCAUCCAGUAGACUGGGAAGAUCCUCUGUUAGUCCAACCAUGUUGGCAGGAAGCAACAGUUCAGAGCCUAAAGCAAGCUGCAGAUUAGGUCGAUCUGCAUCCACGUCAGGUGUGCCUCCUCCAUCAGUUACUCCUCUCAGGCAAGCCAGUGACCUUCAGCCAAGCCAGGUACCAUCGUUACCCAAUCGCGAAUGACUUCAUGUGCUCCGACAUGCCAAAUAUCUCUCACCUUCGUGUUUGUCAUUUGUUACAGUAAAUGAUUUUUGUUGUUGUUUGUCUUUCUUCUUGUGUGAGCGUGUUGUGUGUGUGUGUGUGUGUGUGUGUGUGUGUGUGCCAUUGGCAAUGGAAUUCUAUCUUCCAAGGCUGGUAGAAUUUUCUUUGCUAUUAAUUCUUAAAUCUUUUUUUUUAUGUCUCUUACUUCCUUCAUUCUGUAAUAUAAAUGUAGCAAAUCUGUAUUAUAUGUAUUGACCCAGUUUUUUAUUUUUUCAUGUUUUGUGAACUUUUUUACUGUCUUUAAAAUUUAUCAAACUUUGAUAAAUUUAAUCUAUGUUUUAGUGUAGAUUUCUUUUAAAUGUCUUGUCUAAAGCACUUGCACCAAUGUUUGUCAAUGACUUGUAUACACCUUUUGACUUCUGCCCUAUUAUACUGUACUAUUUGUGUCAGUCAUAUUUCUUUUUGAGCUCAGUGCAUGAAUGUAUUACACUGUGAAUUAUCAUUGUCCUUAAGAUUGCCUACAUACCAGAUUAUUUUGUUUAUAUAUGGCAGCUAAAUUCUCUUCAACUAUAGGUCAUAGAGUACUAAUAGGGCUAUUAAAUAGUCACUGUAGUUAUGUUCAUUGUAAAUUGGUAAAACAAACUAAAAACAAACAAAACAAAAUAGAGGGGAAAAAACUUUCAUAUUUAAAUCGGAACUACUUUUCUUAACAAUAACAACAAUGCCAGGCUGACCCUUAAUAACAAAAUGUGCUUAUGCUUGGCAAGUUAUACCUAUGUUAUCACCUGAAGGAAAGAAAAGAGAAAUAAAAUGACAUUUAAGUGUGUUUUACAUACUAAUAUUUAGGUUCUGUUCAUUCUGAUGCAAAGAUGAGUUUCAUCUUACUAGUUUAGCUCAGCUAACUGCAAAAAUUAGUAACUGGGGAAAUGACCCUAUUUAAAAGAUUAAUUGAUGCCUUCCUUCAAACGUGAAGCAUUCCAAUGUUUUCUGCUUUUAUUUUACUUGUUUAUAUGUAUUUUCUGCAUGUCUGUUUAGGCUGUAAUUCUCAAAUGGCACUAAGGGAAUUAGGCCUCUAAAUCCCAUUACAUUUCAAUGAGAUCUGAGGGGCAAGGCUCCUUUGGGAACUCUACUAAUUCAAGAUUUAAUCAUUUUUAGCUUGGUGAGUUUGCAAGGAAUUCUGAGCCAAAACCCCUGCUACUGGAAACUGGCAUAGCACAUGAAGCAAUGUUAGUUUACUCAACCUGGGAAUCAACUCUUUGUUAGGAACAUAAUAGAUAACUACAUCCAAAUAGGCUGAACUACUUUAACUUGUUAAAUUGAAGUAAGUGCUAAUCCAUUACUUUUGUGUCCUGCUAGAUAUGAUGCCUAAAAUAAUCUUGAAUAUUAAUCAAAGAUAUUUUAGAUGAUAAAAUUAAACCCUUAAUGAUGACUUAAAAUGUCAGGCCAUUUAAAAAGCCUGUGAAUAAUUUUUCCUUCUAGGAUAACUGCACUUCUGAGUAUUUUUGAGUGACCCAGUGCACAUGUGAUACGUGAUUUAUGAUUAAAUGGCUCAUAGCUGGCAAAACACAUUGCUGGUUACUUCUGGCAGAUGCACCUUGAAUAUUAUGAAUGGUUUUUUGUAUCUUGGUUUGCAUUAAACCCUGAAAGCAGAACUUGAUAUGAUAGCAGAGAUAAUGAGCUUUCUCGAAACUGCAGCAGACAGGGUUCAUUAGAAUUGUGGAGAAAAGAAUCCCAUUCACUCUAGGUAGAAAAAAGGAAUACAGAUGAUGAGAGAAAAUUUCAAAUAACUGAUAGAAGAUGUGCCUGUUAAUAGCGUAAUAUAUAAUGUAUAUCUGGGUUUCAGGAAAAAAAGAAAACAUAGUAUUAGCUUUCCAUCAUUUAAAUCUUAUUCUGCAACUGGCAAAUUACAGGAAUAACUUACCAUUUUGACACAUUAAUUUGAUCCUGAUCCCAAAUACAAUGGCUACUCCAUCUUACUUCAAGUUGAUGGAAUCAGGCUUAGAGUUUCUAAGAGCAGUUUAUUGUAUAUUAUACUUCCAUUUGUUAGUGGAAAAAUGAACUUUACAGCCUGCACAGAUGUUGUUAUGUGUUAUUAAAGAGCAGGGCUAGCCCCACCUUCCUGCUCCCUAGUUAGAGCAGUGAGGGCUGGCUCACUGACUCUCCCUGCCACCCUCCACCCCCUGGCAAAACCUGUCUGGAGUCUGGGGCCAGAAACGGAGGUUAAACUUACCUUCCCCUGAGUACAGAGCUGCCUUGUCCUGCUGGAUUACUUAGUGCUGGCUACGACAAAUCCCAGAAGCACUUGGAAGCAGGAAGAGGAAGUGAUGAGCAACCCUGCAGAGUCCUGCUGAUAUGAUUGUGGACUGCAAAGCCCAGAGACCUUGAGGGCAACAGGAAGAGAAAGUGAACACACAGCCUAUGCUGGCUAUGUGCCAGAGAGCCAUGCUCUG